UCUGCUAGGAGUUCACAAACUUUGCCACCCCCCCCAUCAAGGUGUUUCUUGCUGAUGCACAAAAAAGUAAACUGUGUCGUGUCUCCUCCGUCUGAAAAGCUGCUGCAAGUUUGUUAGCUCGGGAUCCGUCUCCCUUCAGAAUGGCUCAAGCUUUGUCUCCAGAGCCAAGAACACUGAAGUUCUACUCGAUAGUGCUCGGGAACACCAUGAACAUCCAUCAAGAGUUUCUAAGGCGGCUGAAGCAACGUCUUUCCCUCACUGAAGUGCAGACAGAAAGCAACUGUGAUUUCAUCGUUGCCUUUGUCCCAAUUGUGUCUCGGGCAGGAACAGACAUUGAAGCUGCUCUUCAGAAGAUUCCAAGAACGGGUAAGAUUGUUAUUCUCGCGGUGCUUCACUUCACAUUUGAUGAGAAUUACAUCGCUCCAGAUAGCAAAUGGAACAUAAACAGGAGCGAUGUGUUUGCUGUGGACUUGCUCUGUUAUGAAGACCUGGGACUACUCCGAUCCCUUUGCAAUGACAAGGCGCUGAAAGCUGCCACCGAUCAUCUGAUCACUAUCGGCGCUUCAUUCAAUACUCAGCUUGAAACAUCCGGAUCUCAAAGACCAUGCAGUCCAUACAUAUUUGUUUGCAUCUGCAUAGUUUUUGCUAUUGCAGUAGUGAUAGCCAUUUGCUUUAGCAUUUACAUGAAUAAAUGGCAAAAUCACAUUACACCUACAACACAACCUAACACUACCAUAAACAGUACAACUGGAAACACGACCAUUACGGUCAAAAUGCUGUUAGAAUAAAUAUGGAACUAAUUUUUACACACCAUACAUCGGUGUGUACCUUUAUAUUUAAUGUAAAUUAAAAAUUUAAAGUUAAAGCAAAGAUAUGACAAUGUUGAAAGUGUGACAUAUAGUGUCAGUUAUGGUUGUAGCUGUAUAUAAUCUUUAUGAGCCUAAUAUGAAGUGAGCAGUUUGUAUAUGCAUGUGAGAUCAACUGUAAAUGUUUAAUAAAAUAUACAGUAUA